GCUGGGUACUAGUCAUUGUUGCUCGUAAAAUGGCGUCUACGAGAAGUAGCGACUGUGAGCAGGAGGAAGACAAUGGCGAUCCCACUUAUAGCCCGAAAAAAAUCGGCAGAGCAGCAGAAUACCCCGGGUUUGCAAUUAUAUGGUCCUUCCUCGAGAACUUUUGCGAGGUCUUGCGAUUCCCUGAUCUAAGCUUGGACAAUCUUGAAGACGCUUUCAAUAGCCAUUCGCGUCGUAACGAGAAUUUUCGUCAACUUGAAUUUCUUCAUAAAAAGCUCUUAUCAAAACUGCACAAGUCAUUCAAGCCAGACAACUGGGAAAAAAUUCUUCUCAAGGUUGCAAAAGAGUAUAAUGUACCAUGCUGUUGGGAUCUUGAAAACUUUGGCUAUGACGAGCUCACAGUAUCAUCCAAGCUGGAGCUUUUUAAGAUGUGCCUGGAAGGUCAGUUUGAUAGCAAUAGUAAGUUAAAGGAAAAUGUGAAUAAGAAUUACGAACCAGACGACCUGAGGCUGCAGCCAUUUGGGCGGGAUGUGGAUGGCCUGAUCUACUGGUUUCAUACUGAUGAGCAUGGAGGGGUGAGACUGUACUCUACUGAGGAGGAUGAGGUAGACACGGAAUCAUGGAGGCUUCUUGCUUCUGAUCUCGAGGAACUUGAAGAAGCUAUCGAUAUCCUAGAAGUCAAAAGUGUUACAAACCCUAAGGAAAUCGCUCUUGCAAAAAGGGAAGAAGAGAAAAAGGAGCUUGCCAAACUGAACAAGAACAAGAAAAAAGGGAAAAAAUCCAGCAAGAAAGAUGAGGAUGAUGAUGAUAACCCAUGUGCCAGAUGCUUCUCUAAUGUUCAGCCCGAUACGAUCCUGUUGUGUGACAAGUGUGAUGCGGCAUACCACACGGCAUGCCUACGGCCACCACUCCUGACCAUACCACAAGGAGACUGGUUCUGUCCUUUCUGUCAGCAGCUUGCACUGCUGGAACGACUGAAGGAGAGACGAAACCGCCUGAUGCAGAGGCAGCGACUACGGGCGAGGCAGGCAAAGAGGCUGUGUAAACACGGAAUCAACCUAUCGAAUAUCCUGCAGGGUCCUGGCAGCGACGAAGAGACGGUGGAGCAAACUCGGCGGUCGAACAGGUCUCGGAAAACAGUCGACUAUACUUUCAAAGAAUUCGAAGAAGAAAUUCAGGACGCCGUCGGUCGAGACAAAAAGCUUAAGACGGAAGAAGAGAUGAAUGGUCACCCGACAGGAAAACCAGCGUUUGCCGUGAGCCAGUUCUAUGGCGACGGCGCAGCUCGCAAACGAACGAGAAAGUCACGGCGACUUCGCGAUCUUGACUCUCCGAGCGAUUCCGACUCUAAGACGAGCGAGUACGAGUACGAUGGUAGUUCGGACGAGGAGCCAAAGAGACCCGAACGUCACGUUUAUCUCCGUCGGCACUACCGAAUCGACGACGAAGACGAGGAAGAAACCGAGGAAGAUCAGAGCGGUAAGGAGGAUAAAAAAGAUACGAAAGACGAGGACAUGGAAAAGAAGGACUCUCGGAAAAAUGGCGAAGAUGAUGAAAAUGUCGAUAACAAAAAAGCGGAAGAAAAACUCAAGAAUGGAGAUCACCUGGUCAAAACAGAAUCCAAGGACGCUGAACGGGCGGCGGAAAGUGGAAACGAGUCGGAUGAAUCAGGGUUUUCGAAUCAAAAGCCCAAAGAGCCGGACUCGGAAAAAGACAAAAAGAGCAAGGAGAAGAUGGAAACAGGCAAGUCUAAAGCAGUGAGUCCCAAACCAAAGGAAAGGGUCCCUCUUACGAAGCCCCCACCCCUUUCCUCUCCGAAAAUCGACCCUCUGUUGGAUUCCUUGGGCUUUGGGGCACUAGGCUCGUCUUUUGCUAAUACGGAGAUUUCGAAUGUCGUGGCUAAAUCACCUAGUGGGUACAGUGCGACAUCACCGAGCCGACGCCUUCCUCCGCGACCAGAUCCCUACAUCAGCCCCACGGCCACUGCCGGUGACCGUCGCUACCCUGCUAGACCAGACCCCAUGGGGUACUCACCCUCUGAAAUGGGCGUGCCGUCAAGCCCCUUGCCACGCCCAGCCUCCGAUCCUCGCUACGGCUCCUACCCCUAUGGCCAAUCAGCACAGUAUGGAAACUAUUUUAACUAUAAUCAGGAUUUUGCCCAGGCUGCUCCAGUGGGAGUGUUUGCGGGCUCACCUCAACUACCACCCUCGUACAGCCAAGCCAUGAACUCUAGACAAUAUCCCGGCUUCUCACCGACUAUAUCGAACAGGGAAACGUCCGCGUUUACUCAGACGCCUCAGUCCCCUUCGUAUCGACCACCCCCAGCUGUUUCGAGGUCACCGUAUGCGGGGUUUCCCCCGUCGUACCCAAGAACAGACUCAACGACUCCACGGACUGGGUUUUACCCUGCAUCUAGUAGCGGGUUUGGAUACCAACAGCCUUCGUCCCAGUACGUGCACCCAGAUGACCCUUUCGGGGCGAUAACCGGGCGAUACGCCACUCCCACGGUUACCCCGCCCCUAGUCCCACCCAUGCCUUGGACAGGAUCCCAGGACGCGGGGAUGUACUACCCCCCUGCGCCGUCCGGGGUCACCAAGACCGCAGGGCAGCAGGGUUACAGCUGAUACAAGAUGUCUCCGUAUAUGUGAGCUUAGCUUGUCAGGAGGACGUGCGAGGCUCGUGGGUCCAGGGUAUGAUAUAGCUGAGACAACAUGUCUUGAGACGUGUUCCUGGAGCCAGACCCUCGAAUGCGGCGCUAAACUUCGCUUUAUAUGGGAGGCUCAUGGGUCCAGGGUUCACAUGCAUAGGGUGGAUCUUUUGCAUUCAUCCCAAGCAUUUGACCCCCUAACCCCCCCCCCUAUGUCAUGUAAGGACUAAUUUCACCAGCCAUUAUCUAGGGGGGUGUGCACCGUAAAAGAUAUCAUAAGGAAAAAGUAUGAUAUUUAACGCUGCGAAAUGACCGUUUUUGCAGUUGUUUGGUGCUUCGGGCGCCCCCUGACUACGUACCCUCUUACCUGUCUGAUAUCCAAUAGCAACUGCUUUGUAUAUAACCCACUAGCCGUACAUAGAUAGUUCUAUCUAAUGAGGUCGCGAUUUUGUAAAUGGACACUUUUAAACGAUCACUUUUAAUCAUUCUAAGCCUUCUAAACGUGUUCUUAGCGUAGACAGCAUUCCUAACUCUGUUAGUGGUAAAACACCUUUGUCCAGUGCAAAACGAGCGGUGUAGCGGCGUUCGAGUUGCGAAAUGAGAAAAGAAAGUCGAAGGGGAUAUCGCUCAGUUCCAGUAUGCAGGGACCUAAGGCCGCUCGCGGCCCCUCAGCGAUUUUAAAUUGUACCAAAGAAAAUGCGGUAAAAACAAUGCCUUCUCGCAUCAAGCAUUUCAUGUUGUCCCCGUUUGUGUUUCUCGUGUACUCUAUAGUCAUUGUUUUUACCGUGUUUUAUGUUUCAAAUAAAGAAUGAAUUGAAUCUCGUUGAA